CCACUCUCGCCUGCAAACUGAUGAGUUCGCAGAUCUUCCGCUAGGAGAGGAGAGGGGAGGAGGCGAGGAGAGGAGGCGAGGAGACAAGGAGGCCAUGGAGCCUGGUUCAUGAAGCACAACAAACCCGAUGUCUGUGCCCGUGUGUCCGGGCCCGUGUGUGUUCGUGCUGUAGCGCAGGAGCCGGACCCGAACCUGAACUCCCCCCCCCGCUGCUAACGUCGCUGCCCGGCGCUCCGCAGCGGCCACCAUGGCGGAGGACGACAGCGACUGGGUCGUGGAGAGCAUCGUGGGCUACCUGGGCAGCCCCGAGUGGGUCGUCCCCGUCACGGACUUCAUGGAGAACAAAUGCACGGUUUUUGAUGACGAAGAUGAAAACAAGUUAUCAUACACAGAAAUCCAUCAGCAGUACAAGAAGCUGGUGGAGAAGCUGUUAGAGAAUUACAUGCAGGAGGUUGGCAUCAACGAGCAGCAGUUCCUGGAUGCGUGCUCCUCUCCUUUUGCCAAGUCCAAAACACUACAGUCGGUUUUCCAGCCAGUUGUGGCCACAGACGACUUCCAGAUGUUCCGCUCACUGAUGGUUCAGAAGAAUAUGGAACUACAACUUCAAGCCCUCAGGGUCAUUAAAGAGAGAAAUGGGGAGCUGCCAGAGUGUCUGACUGAUGGUGUGGAUGUGAUGACGGAGCUGCAGCAGCAAGAGAUGAAAAUCCUGCAAGAGGUUCUCAAAAAAUCAAAAGAGGAGUAUGAAGAGCAAAUGUCCAGGAGGCAGCUGUUCGAGGAGGAGGUUGGUUCCACCUCCAGCGACUGCUCUGAUAGGCCAGUGGCAGAGAGCGGCAGAUCCCAGAAUACCACCUCUGCUCCCAGCCAGCCACGCACCAAUGCCAAGGCUAAAGCUGAGGGGAACGGUGACAGCAGAGGCAGCAGCAGCAGUAAUGGUCACCUCACCCCACUAGUGAACGGAAACACUGCCACUGAAUUUAAUCGGGUCAAAGUCAACCCUGUCAGAAAAGACGAGAGGAAGACAACUGACCCCGGAGGUGGAGAUGAAAAAGGUUCAGCUAAGGGCAGGUCCUCGUCCAAACUCAUACCAGAUUGUAGCAGUGCGGAGUCCAGAGUCCUUCCAGCGGUGAGAGCUCCAGUAAAGUCCGGCGAGCCGUCCGCCAGCAGCGGCCCUCGGACCACGGAGCAGAGCAGCAGGAGCCAGACUGCGGCCGAGACGUGUCUGGAGGAGGCCCACAGGGAGGCUGGCUUCUCUAAGCCAUUUACUGAGUUGUCAGUGUCACAGCAGGAGCAGCUCCAGCAGAGGGCAGCAUAUCUCUGUCAGCAGCGAGACAAGCUGCACGCGCUGAAGAAGGAGCAGCAGAAAUCCAAGCAGACCACCACAUCACAGGAGGCCCCCACACCAGCCCCCACACCAGCACCCACCACCACCCCGGAGGCAGUGGGACAGUCCCAGAGGAACGGGGCCUGUACCCCUCCUCUUCCUGCGCCUUCUCCUGCACAGCACUCUGCUAACUCCUCCAGACAGAAGGAGAUAUCUGCUGAGGAGAGGAAGAAGCUCCAGAAGAGAAAACAUCUGGCCGACAAGCUGAAAGAGGAAGUGAUCAAGAAGUAACUUCCCCCUCCGACUUUACUCCGGGGAUCAAACACCUUACAACCUUUACUUUACCUCCGUCCAUCAGAUAGUUUACUCCACACGACACAUUUCAAGAUACUACCCAAAGAAACACCAAAAGUAUGAGAUCUUCCCGAACCCGGAGCUUUUCUCCUGUUGGUCUACAGAGGAGAACUGGCACAUUUUAUUUUGUGAAAGUACCAGUGUGUGGCAGAAUCCACUCAUACCAGGGCCACACAAGUAUUAUAUGAUCUGUUAAUUACUAAUGUUUGAACAAGAGAAUUCAGAGAACGUCAGGCAACAUGCUGACGUUACCAGUGGAGAACUCCGAUUACUUUUCCUUCACUAGAUGUACGAGGCCUGUGUCCAGCACGUCGCUCCUCAUUCAGCACAGAGGAUGACAUUAAAUGUGGACUGCUCAAAUUGAAUUGCAAAACUGACCCACUGUAUAAUGUCCACAAAAAUAUAAUUGCAUGCAUCUGUCCAGCGGCCCAGUGAAUGUGGGAGAGCACUUUAUUGCGAUAGUCCAGCGUGGUGGUGACAUUAGCCAGCACAGGUGUUCAGUCUUGUUUCCCCACUGUCGUUAGCGAGUACAUCCCAAAGCUGAGAACAGUCUCAGCUCGGAGGGAGGGCGCCGUGGACGUUGUCACAAAGAGCACGCCGCCGUGUGUUCAAGGAGCCAAGAGAACCGCGUCACGCUUUCUACUAGGAACGCCGUAAUCUGCAGUCUUCACUUUAAGCAAUCAUGAUGCAGUUUCUAUGUAACAUUGCUAUCAGGUCUGCUGUUUAAUAAAUCACAUUUUAUAGAAACAA